AUGGCUUCACUGGAUUCGCAACAAGAUCAACAAAAAAUUAUAAAUUCGAUCGCUGAAGCUUUAAAGAAGCUCCAAGAAAGCGAUGUAAAAAAAUUUGAUUAUUCAUCAUUUCAAGAUGUCCAACCUAUCGGAAGUGGAGCGUCCUCAGAUGUGUUCUCUACUACUUUCGAACAAAAACCAUACGCAUUAAAGAAAAUGACUAGAAACCACAAUUUAGAUAAUGAAAUUCUUAAAAUAGCAACCCGAAAAAUUGUUGAUGAACUUAUCAGGAUAUCAGAAAUGCCCAUUGAAUCUGAAUUUAUUUACAACAAAAUUGCAGAAAAUAAACCCGCCCCAAAUUCUGCGAAUCUUAUAGCUGACGGUCAACCUACACUAUUAUAUGCACCAUCAUUAAUUGAUACACCAUUAUCAUCAAUUACAAAUUUAUCUGUACCAUCAAAUAAAUCAUCUAUCAAUUUGCUUGAUGAAAUAUGGUUAAUUUUUUUAAACUUAACAAAUAUUGGAAAUGAAUUCAGUCAAAUUCAUAAGGCUAUAGAAGAAUCUAUUGAAAAACAUCAAAGGCUUCCGAAAGAUGUAUUUAAUAAUCUUAAAAGUCUACCUAAUUAUCCAAAUGCUCAAUGUCUUCUUGGAUUUUUUUAUUUCGCUGGAAUCGGAACUGAAAAACAAUUUAAUACUGCAUUUGAAGCAUUUCAAAAGGUAGCCGAUCAAGAUAAUGCUCUUGGACAAUUUUACCUUGGUGAAUGUUUUAGAUGUGGCUUUGGAACAAAAAAAGAUCCAAAAAGUGCAAUUGAAUGGCAUGAAAAAGCAAGUGAUAAAUGUGCAAGAUCAACAAAUGCCUUAGGGACAAAAAAAAAUUUAGACUUAGCAAAAGAUUGGUAUAAAAAAGCAGGAGAUAACGGACAUGAGGAUGCAAAAAAACAAUAUGAUCAAUUAAACAAUAAAGGGAUUAGCUUCACAAUGUUUAAGGCAAAAGGAAAUAAUCAUAUACAGAGCAAUGACAAUAAAAAUUAA